UUCGUAAAUAUUUUUUAUAGAAGCUUCAUUUAACUAACAUUAAGAGUAGUUUUUACCUUCUCUAUUAUAGCCUAUAGGGGUGCAAAAUCUUAGGGACUCAAGAGUAUUUAUUUAGCUCACCUGAUUUGCAGAAAGCUUUCAUUUUCUUCUCCUUGUAAAGUUUAUUAGUUUCUCUUCCAACUAUCUUGGCAUAAUUUCUAAUGUUCUUUCCAAUUUUUCCUAGGACUACAUUUUCUUCUCAAAAUCUGGUUUCAUUUCCCGCUCACUUACAAAUUAUAAAUUGCUGUUUCAAAAAUUUUUGUUAAUUUUUAUGUCCUCAAGUCAAGUUAUGACUACGUUUCACCUUUCUCUAAUCUUAUAAUGGAGAAAUUUUCAUGGCUUUUUUAGAAUAGAACUAUGGGAAAACCCCCCCCCCCCCCUCUUUUUUUUUACUUGGGUUUAAACCCCUAAAAGGCUAAAACCCUUAUUUCAAAUCCAUCCUAGAAUUGCUUAUCAUGCUCAAAAAUAUUUUUUUUUCUGGAAAUUCCAAUUGGGUUUUUCCUUGGAGCCUCAUUAUUCAUGUUUUUGGUUUCCUUAUCCGAUACUUUUUGAGGUUUUCUGGAGCAAAAUCUGUGGAAAAUGGAUCAAUUCUUGAUGAUCAUUGUAGUAAAUCUGAAGAAAAUAGUUGUGAAAAUGAAUUAGAGAAUAUGGGUUUUGAUCAAAUUGAGGAAAAAGAAAUUCCCAAAUUGGAGGGUGAAGUAGAAAGUGUUUGUAAUGGUAGUAACACAAAUAAGUAUCAAUUCUUCACUAGAAAUAGUGUUUGUGCAUUCAUUGAAGAACCUCCUCCAACUAUUCAUUUUACUGUCCAAGAAAUUUUUGUGAUUUCCCAUAAUGAAUCUUCCCCUAAACAAUAUUCUCUAGAUCAAAAUGAUAGUUCCCCUGAAAUUGAUUUUUCGGGUUUUUCUCUUAUUCAUAAAAUCAACAUUCAUGAUGAUAAUUGUGAGGGAGCGAGUGAAGAAAAUGAAGUAAUUGAUUCAUGUGUGUCAAAUAGUGAUGAUUUUUGGGCUACCAUUCAUAAAUAUGAUUCUGAUUUUAGGGUGGAUUAUGAUCAAGAUAAUCCAAGAUCAUCAGAAGAAUUUGUGAUUGAUCAUGAUAUUGAUUCUCCUUAUACUGAGAUAGUACCUGAAUUCGAGAUUGAAAAUGAUGAAUUAUCAAGUGAGAUUGUUGAUGAGGAUUGUUGUGUGAAUAUGAAUAUGAGUGAGUUAAGAGAGUCAGAAAAUGAAGAAAUGACGGAACAAAGGGAAUUGAUUAGGCAAAUGAAAAAGGAAAUGAGACAGUUAAAGAUAAGUGAACUACCAACAAUAUUAGAAGAAUCGGAAUCGCCAAGAGUGGAAGAAGAUUUGAGGCCGUUGAAGAUAGAUGAAAGAAUUAGACAUAAAGAUCGAAUGGAGGAGAUUCAAACAUUCUAUAGAAGGUAUCUUGACAAGAUGAGGAAAUUGGACAUUUUGAGUCAACAAACUAUGUAUGCUAUCGGUCUACUCCAAUUGAAAAACCAAGAUCUUGCCAUGAACAAAAAGUUGACAGUUCCAGUAAUAAAGUCUCUAUUAGCUCAAAACUUUUGGUCUAACAAGCUAAAGAAGCAUGAAGCAGGCCCAGUUCAGAAACUAAUCAGAGAUUUGCAAAGGGACUUAGAAUUGGCAUAUGUUGGUCAGCUUUGCUUAUCAUGGGAGAUGUUGAAAUGGCAACAUAAUAAAGCAGAAGAACUACAUGCACAUGAUCCUGAUGGGUUUCGUCAGCACAACCAAGUUGCUGGAGAGUUCCAGAAGUUUCAAGUUUUGUUGCAAAGAUUCAUUGAGAAUGAACCAUUUCAUCAAGGCCCUCGAGUUCAGCAUUAUGUUAAGAGUCGUUGUGGCCUUCCUGCUCUUCUUCAAGUUCCCCUUAUAAAAGAUGAUCCCAAGAUCGAAUGGAGAAGAAACGAGGAGGAUGGAAUAUCAAUCAGAAUGCUGAAAGAAGUGAUUGUAGCAUCAAUGCGCUCAUUUUGGGAUUUUCUUCGUGCUGAUAAAGAUGAAGUGUGUGCAAUUCCAUUGAUAGGUAUUCAUGGGGUUCAAAUCAUUCUCCAAGAUCCUUCGGAUGCAGACUUGUUGACAGAAAUCCGCUCUAGUCUUCAAAAGAAGGAAAAGAGGCUCAAGGAUCUUGUAAGAAGUGGGAAUUGCUUAGUGAAGAAGUUCAAAAAACAUCAAGAUCAGAGGCUAAGCAAUGAAAUGCUUAUUGCGCAGGUGGAGCUCCGGUUAGUAUCUCGGGUCUUGAGUAUGCCAAAAUUGACAACUGAUCAACUGUUAUGGUGCCAUAAGAAACUGAACAAGAUUGAUAUCAUUGGUAGGAAGAUAUACUUAGAGUACUCAUUUUUGCUAUUUCCUUGUUAGUUAUAGGCUACCCGUCAAGGUAUUACAAUACAUGUACUAUAAAUAAAGUUUGUUAGAUGCAAAAGAUGAAUGAACAAAAAAAGGACUAAUACUUUGUUUUUGUCA